GUUCUUGACUCUUGUCAAUGAUUCAAUUUGCAAGAAAGCAGGUUUUUAUUUCAUGGAUUUCUCAAUAUUAUUUGAUAAUUUUUAACUACCUGUCGAUAAUCGUGAUCAUUUUCUGAUUUUUAGUGAAUCAAAUUGGUACUAUAUAAAUUCGUGAUGGCUUGCGUUGAAGCACCAUCGGUAAAUGCUGAUUCGGAAAUGGAAGAGGGUGAAAUAGUGGACGAAGUCGAUGACCUCUCGGAUAUAUCUUCGGAAGAAGAGUUCUUGCUACGGCAGAGGCUACAAGUGUUGGAAAAUUAUAACAAUGUUUUAGAACGCAAGGAGGCUAAGCGGACGUCAUUUGGGUCAGGUACACAACAAAGAGUUUUAUAUUAUCAAUCUGAUGUUUCUGGUGCAGAUGCAGAUAAUGGCAUUUCAAAAUUGACUUUAAGGAUUACAAGAGAACAAAAACCCUCUAAACCUCAACAAAAACAAAAGAGAUCAAAACAAAAUGUUAAAGAAAGCUCAAAGAUUAAGGAGCACAGGAGAAAAAAUCACCGCAUUAAAAAGAAAAUUACCAUCAUUAGUGAUAGUGAAACAAGUGAUGUUUCCGAAGAUGAAUACAGAAAUAAAAGACGUAGGUUAGAAGAUGCUGUAUCUUUAAGCAAGAUAAAACAGGACACAACAACUUUAAGAGACCGUAUUACUAAAAUGCUAUGUGGAUCCAAAGCUGAAAGCCCUCAUAUUGAGGUCCUUGCUAAAAUAUCUGAGAGUCCAGAAAUACCUAAAGUAUUUGAAACAGAAAAUAAUAAUGAACACACUAAUAUAGUUCCUGAGAACAAGUUACAGGAAAAAUCAGACCUAGUUGAACCUUUACAUGUUAGUACAGAAAAAGAUUUAAAAGAUAAGCAAAAUAAAAGUCCACAAGAUGUAGUCGAUCCUGGAGUUAUCGAAAGAAAAGAAGAUUCACAAAGCGAUGAAGACCUAGAACUACUACGGCAGCUGGCACUAAAAACAAAGACUGUAAAAUUAAUAUCAAAUGAGAAAAUAUCCACUGAAAUCAGACCAGCCAUAUUAUCAGAAGACGAAGAUAGUGAUACUGCAGAAUUGAGAAUGAUUUGCUUGAAAUCUGCUUUUUUGAAAAAAGCUAUUGAAAUAAAGCAAAAGCAGAAGCUACAAAAGAGACUUUCACAGUCUUCUAUUGUGCCAGAUGAUUUUGAUAUACAAAAAGCUGAGAAUGAUAUAAACGUGGAUAAUAAUACGGACAUUGAAUCUGUUGAUAUGGAUAUCGGAUCUGAUGCUGAAGACAAAGGAAAGAUUAUUAAUGAUUGCCUUAAUAAAAAUGAAAUCAAAUCAAACAGCGCAGAAGGCGAUAAAGCAAUUUCUGGAGAACGUGAUAUAUCAAAAGAUGAAUUAGAUGAUGAUGAAGAUUUACUGAGAGCAAAGUUACUAACUUCUCUUAGUAAAAAUCUCCCUAAUCUUGUGGAGCUAAAUGUAGAUACUGUUGUGGGUAAACCAGACACUAAGUCUGAAAACACUGCAAAGGAACAACCAAAACAAGAAGAAAAAAAGUUUAUCAUUGAACUAGGAGAAUCUGAUUCUGAAGGUGAAAAUGAAGCAACAAAAAAUUUGACAAAAAUGCAUAUGAAAUUAUCAGAACAACAGGAGUUCCAGAACAAAUUAGAUCUCUUCUUAAAGUCGACACGAAUGGAAGUAGAAAAAAACAAAUUGCCAGAUGUUGUUCAAGAGCCUGUACAAAAACCACCAGAAAAGUUUGUUGCCAAGGCUAUGAAUCAUUUGCCGAAAUCCGAGCAGAUUGAGUACAGAAACCUAGUCAAGAGAAUGGCUGAAUUAGAAAAAUUGAAACAAGCUAGGCAGAACACAAUUGCUAAAAUUCCAAUUGUUAAAGAAACUCUUAAGCCUAGAAAUAUGUCACUGGAAGCUUAUAAAAUAGCUUAUGCUAAAAAAAUUGAAGAUAGAGUCGCCCAGUCGAGGAAGAAGAUUGCAGAGGAAUCAGAAAAAAUGCUCAAGUUAAAGGAAGAAGCUACAAAAUUAUCUCAGCGAUAUAAAAUUGUUGCUACCGAACUUCGUAAUAUCGCUACAGCUAUAACUAUAAAUAAAAAACAGCAAAGAGUGGUACAGAACGCUUUAUCUAAAAUAAGACAUCAGCAUCAAAUGCUGAUCAAAAGCUCACCUAUGAAACAUUCCAGCAGCCAAAACAUGCGAAUAGGUCGACCACCUGACAAAAUUAUAACUACAGCUAAAUUGCAAAAAGAAAAUGAUCCAUCAAAAGAAGAACACAAAAACUCCACCAUUUUAAAAUCAGUUAAAGUUAGUGUCGUUAAUAAUCUUAGCAACAAUAACGUAGUUCACCCAAGACUGUCAGUUCAACUAGAUAUUAGUAACAACAAGAAAGUUGUCAAGAUGCCAAAGAGUCCACUAAAAGACAGAGUAGUCGAUAUUAAAAGGAUAAGUCCUGAAAAAACUAAUAAUGAUUUAAAAAAUGAGGAAUUAGUUAAUAUGUCAAUAGCAAAAAAAGAAACAGCAAGAAGUAAAGAGGAGACUGAAACAUAUGUGGUUUCGACGGAUGCAAAUGAUUAUAAAUCGCCAUUAGAUUCUUUGCAGUGCAAAAAGUAUGCUAAAAAAACGAGAAUCUAUAUACAUUCGAACUAUCGUAACCGCGACUGAAUGAAUAAUAUGUGGAUGGCCACAUGCGUACGAACAUCAGCGGCCUGCGCUGCGAUGUAAGUAUGCAUUAAACUGUCCACAGGUGUUGUCAACUCUUCGUAACUGUUCUAAACUGAAUGCUUUUCAGCUGGCAGGAGGACCCGAACGGCGUCCUGUGCCCUUUCGAGGUCGGCGGCAGUUGCAGGGACCCCGAUUGCAAAUACCUCCAUCCCAAAUCCCAUAAAAUCGAAUGACGCCACACAAAACACACACACGUAUGCAGACACUGCCACACAUUCACAAAUACUCACACUCGUUACUUAUUACCCGUGUUUGUCUUCCUCUUUCUACAUACUAUCCCUUAUGUCUUCAAUCGCCUAUGGACACCAUUACGUGUAAAGUAUUUAUGUAUUUUUUCCUUUAUACCUACAUAAUUUAUUUUUCUUAAUGCAUGUCCAGUAGUCCGCCAUUUUCUUUUUAUUUUAUGAAUUUUACACUAAAGUACCUGAUUCCCAUGAUUUCAUUCAUGAUAUUUUAAUGAAAUAAGUUUGGUAAAGAUAUUGGUUAUAAAUUGCUCACUUUAUCCUAUAUUACUGUACUAACCCAUUUGCAUAGGUAGUAAUGAUCAUCAUAUUACUAUCAACAAAUAAUAAUUCAUUACUUUAUAAUAAUAUGAAUAGAUAAAGAUAUCUGCCGAUGCAUAAGUUGAAUCGAGGCUCAAGGCAUAUCAUGGCAGAGUCGAAGAUAAGCGACAUGUCUUUUCUUAAAUGUUUCAGAGUAAACUGAAUCUUAUCUCCCUUACGUAAUGGGCAGUUUAGAUAAAUCCAAAUCCAUACUUAAUGUUUUAAAUGCGAAAGUGUGUCUGUUUGUCUGUCUGCCUGCUAGCUUUUCACGGCCCAUCCGUUUAACCGACUUCGACGAAAUUUACUACAGGGAUAGCUUGCAUCCCAGGGAAGGACAUAGGCUACUUUUGGUCCCGGAAAAUCAAAGAGUUCCCAUGGGUUUUGAAAAACUAUAAUCCAUAGGGACGAAGUCACGAGCAUCAUCUUCUAGUAAUAAAUAAAUAAAUAACGUACCUAGUGGAGAAAAGGUUCAGUUUACUUUGCAACAUGUAAAAAAAGACUCAUCGCGUUUUUUCAUCGGCUUGCCGUAAUAGCCUUUAUUUACACUAACAAUAGAGUUUGCCAUCUGAAUUAUAAUAAUUUUUAUUUUAUCCAUUGUGUAUUCUAAUUUUUUUAUUUACAUUAAUCUAUGCCAUUCUAGUUGCUGUCAACAGUCGAACAGCGUUGCUUCAGGAGUGGUAAGUGACGAAACUUUCUAGUGAUCUAAAGUAGUGAUUUUAUAGACAAGCGCGCGUCUAUAAAUUAAAAAAAAAACUUGACGUUUUGGUCCAGUGUCGCCGGACCCCGGGUCGUGUCCAGCUUUAAGGGUAAACUGUGUUUGUGGACUAUUCAUAUCGAUUUAACGUUAUUUAUUAUAAUUCGUUUAAGUA